AUGGACAGCCCAGAUAAGAAACCAGACGGGCGGCCCUUCAGGGCCGUCUCGGUGGGGACAUGCUACGCGCAGACGGCGAACGAUCGGUUUGGCAACGGCGCGAGCGAGGCCAUUCGCGAGCGGGAGAGACCUGCUCCUACUUUCAACCCCCUCCCUGCCGACCCAUCGUCCGACGACUGGCCCGACUCCGAUUCUGACGACAGCCAUGCCAUGUUCUUCGACCAGAAGAUAUAUCAGCUCGUGCCCACGAUGCAGCGAUUCAGAAACAACCUGACGGCACUGUCGCAGCUGUACAACCUGUACUUUGUCGCAUACCAAGGCCAAAUGUUCGUGUAUGCGCCUCGAAGCGCCCCAAGGCAAACGAUCCCUCGUCAUCCCGACGUACGGCUUGCUCCUCGACCUAGCGAGGCCUCACACUACGUUGGCGGCUACCAAGACCCGUCCAAACCCCACACGAUAAACCACCUCGUCGUCGGCGACCUCGGGAGCCAAGAAAUCCUAGUUGCGGCCUACGAUGAUGGUGAUGUGAUUGCGUACUUCACCAAAGACAUUGAAGAUUGCAUCCCAGCCGCGCCUGGUGGGAGCCAGCCUGGACACAACGGCGUGCCAGGUGUGCGGACCCAAAAAAGUCCCCAGCCAUUUUUACAUCAGAACGUGGGCAAGUCCGCGUGGGGCCUUGCGGUGCAUAGGCGAUCCCGACUCAUUGCUGUUAGCUCCAAUCGCUGCGAAAUGACCGUGUUCGCACUCGCUUUGGCAUCAAGCACGGGCAAGGCGCAGAAGCCGGACAGAUGCUCCGAAUGCGAGCCGGGGAGCUGCCGCAACAUUGAGUUUCAUGUUCGCCAGCGAGCACGAAACUGGAGGAUCGUGCUGGCGCUGGGGCGACAAGCGGACAAUAUCCCAAACGUAUCAUUCAUCGACGAUGAGCGUGGCUGCGCCGAGUUGGUCUGUGGCGUGGACAUCAAAGGCGCAGCCUGGCUUGCCAAGAUCUGGAGGCCCCUGCAGGCCGCUGUUCGCAUCGAACCGUCAGUGUGUAUGCAGUUCAGGAGCACCGAUGUGUGGCCAGCGCCGUCGAGGGGUUGGGGUGUUCUUCCGUUGGACAAGUCCAGCUUCCUCCGGGUGAAUUCCCUGCAAGAGCUGCUCGGCAUCCCCUCCAACGACGUCGAGCUGACGAGACGUCUCAUGUUGAACAUUGGAAAGUGCAUCCAACGCAUUCCUAACAACCCAUGUAUACCAGAGCGAGGCGAGGAGGUCACGGGACCGAUGCUCAACGUCGAAUUCGACGUCGUGUUUGGCACCGAUGACAUGCACGACUCGGAUCAAGAAAUACCGGACGCGGCUGGACCGUCAGCCGACGUUGAAAACACGCCAGCGGACGUGGAGGCAGCCGGUGCCGACGCUGAUAUUGACGUCGACGCGGCUGGACACGAGGCCGAGCUGGAGGGGGACGAUGAUGCGGAGGAUAUCCUCGUCGGCGGCAGCAGCGUGGCAUCAGGCGAAACCGCUCAGGCGCUCCCGUUGGAUUAUGUUCCCGGACAGCAGCCCGCUCAUCCGGCGGCGGCGACCAUUCUUUCCUUGGCCGAUCCCAGCGCUGUCUUGGAAGGCUUCACGAUUUGGGAGACCCCCUUGGAGGGCAUGCCCGCAUGGUACUCUGGCCCAGGAGGCUCCAGCGCCGCUCCCCUGGCAUUUCUGCCCAACCUCUACAGUGCCCUCGGCGCGCAUGCGGAUGGCUCGACUGCGUCCUGUGUCCCGGAGGAGGGAGACGAUGGGCUCUGGAGUGAAGGUGGCGGCCAGGACAUGGCAUACUAUCCGCAUGAUGGACGAAUAUGCCCAAUACCUCGGGAGACCUUCAAGCUCGUCACCUUCCUCGGGGGACACCUGUACCACAACGAGCUCCCUCUCGGCAUCGACGACGACCUGGAGAUUGUCUUCAAACGAUACCGCAUGCUUCGGCUGCACGAAAAGGAGCUGGAGCUGCGCAGUUUCAGCCCCGGGAGCCAUCCUCGGUCCGAGUACGGGGUAUUCUGCCCCGAGGCGAUGACGAUGGACCAGGACAUGGCUCGCGCGACGAGAUCCCUCUUUUACGCCACCACCCGGCUCAGCAUGGUGGCCCACCUACCGGAGAUUUCGCUGGUCAUUAUCGGGUCUCCCAUCGGCCGGGUGCUGCUCGUGACCCCGACGCAGCUCCCUAGGCCGGUGGCGUGGCGCGUCGGCGUCGUCCAGCACGGGUUUCGAGUGGACUGGGUCCUUCCGAGGCGGUCGGAUGAGCAGAAUCACAGGAAAACGCUGCGACCGCUGCAUGGGAUGGCGGUGGGACCUGUGCAGGAAGGCGGGGAUCGCACGUCUGCGCCUCGAAGAUAUCGACUGAUGCUGCACUAUCGGAACCAUGACAUCCUGACGUACGAGAUUUCGCGGGACGCGUCGUCGGGAAAGCUGUACGUAUUCUGA